UAAACAAACUACAUAUACUAUUCACAUAUACAGGAAGUAGUUGUCAGUAUUUUAACAGUCUUCAAUCCAAGAGAGAAGAAUGUUUAAGAAGAUUCUAAACCGGAAACGUUCUUCUUCAUCAUCUUCUUCAUCUUCCUCUAGCGAUGAAGAAGAUAUUAAGGAAGUUAAGGUUCACAACAAGGAGAAGAGAAGCUCCCUAGCAAAUAUAAAAGCUAAGUUUGAAUCCUCUCCUAAAGAAAAGAAGAACAAAGCACCGAAAAUUUUGACAACAGCAGUACGGGAGCGGAGAGAGAGUGAUGAUAAUGAUGACAAGAAGGAUAGGAGCUCUGUUUCCACCAGAUCCAAGUCUCCAACUAAAAGGUUUGUAUUGUCCGGAAGCGGAAAUGGAACUGUUUUGAUUGAUAGCGGAUCUAGCGGAUCCAAUCUAUCCUUGAACCAAAUUGAAGGAAAAUCAGCAUCGACUAAUUCAAUUGACUCCAACAGCUUGACUCCUUCCAGUAAGAAGAGUAUCCCUGAAGUGAUUCAUCUGCCGGAAAAGAAGGUUUCCAAAUCUAAUUCUAAAUCGUCAUCUUCUUCUUCUUCUUCUUCUUCUUCCUCCUCCUCUUCAUCCUCUUCCAGUGACGAUGAGGAAAAGAACGCUGUCACAGAUAAUAAUCUUGAGAGUUUAAACAACCGUCUUGUCAGCUAUAUUGACAAGGUUCGACUGCUCCAGCAGGCUAGUGAUGUAUGGAAGGGAGUUCCUCCAGAGGAUACAGAAACUAGGGAUGAAAUUGAAGAGCUGAAAAGAAAAUAUGAGGAUGAGCUGAAGAGUUGGAGAGAUGAACUUCAGAAAAAAGAGCAGGAUACAGUGAAGUCUGGGUUAGAAGCAGAGCGACUAAACAAAGAUAAUCAGCAUAUUCGAAAUCUUCUGGAGGAGAAGAUAGCGCUGGUUAAGGGUCGGGAUGAGAAGUUCUCCGAACUCGAGAGAGAAAUUGCUGAUCUACUUGGCAAAAAUAAUAUUCUUCUGAAUGAGAAAGAACGUGUGAGGGAACAGGCUCAGGAAGUUUUGAAAGAAUUCCAAGAGCUAAAAAAUGAGUUGAAAGCUGCAAAGGAUGAACUCCAAGAUGAGAAGGUAAAUAACGGAACCUUGGAGUCUACACUUAAACUCCAGAAGAAAGAAUACGAGGCCAAGCUGGGCAAAAUACUUCAUCAGCUUGAGGGAGAGAAAAGAAGGAAUAAGCUUGAUUUCUCCCAUCUUGAUGAUAAAAUCAGAUCAGAGUACGCUAAAAGGCUGAGAGCUGAGUUGAGAAAGCUGAGAAAGCAGUACAAAGAUCAAACAGAGAAAGCUAAAAGAGAAUUCAUGAAUGUGCAUUCCGCAAAGAUAUCUGAACUUCAAGAGGAGUUAAGCAGGGAGAGAACUGAAAACUACACUGCUAGAAGUGAACUUGAAGAAACCAAAUCCAGGGUUCAAGGAUACAAGGAUAAGAUUUUGGAACUGGAGAACUCGAACCAUCAUCUAGCCCAGAGAAGUGACAAGCUCAAGGAGGACUUGGAGAACAUGGAAUUCAAUUACAAAACUCAGAUCGGAGCAAAGAAUAAUGAAAUUGAUCAUCUUCAGAACGCUGUGACAAAGUCUCGAAAUGAUUACGAGAAUGUGCUUGAGGAGAAGCUAGCUCUAGAUACAGAGAUAGCUGUGUACAAAGGGUUGAUUGAGGCUGAAGAGCGUAGGCUAGCCAGGGCUAGUAGACCGGCUAAGACUACUGAAAGAAAGAGCAGUAGCAGCAGUGAAGAAGAAUCAGGAUUCUUUGAUAAAAUUAAAGCGAAGAUCGAAGAUGUAUUAGAUUAAUUUCUAUUCUCUUUUUAAAGGAAGCACUGCAUGAAGAUAUUCAGUCUUACUUCAAUUAUUUUCCAGCUUCUAGUAUAUCUAUUAUAUUUAUUCCACAUUCUUAACAUUUAAUUAUCACGCAUUUUGCACAAUAUUAUUAUAAUUUUUAUUUUAGUCCAAGCUACAACCUUGAUUGUACAAGAUACACAUUACACAUUUAUUAAAUAAAUCUAAAAUUUAAACAAAA